GACGCGGGAGCUGCCGAGGCGUGCGUGGCCACGACGGGCGGCGGCGGCGGCGGCACGAUAAUUGUCGCAACGCGAACGAGAAACACCACCGAUACGGGGCCGCGGCGAUAGCAGAGCAAAAUAUAAAGCGUCUCUGCCGAGUCACCGCUGCACGCCACCCUUUGUCGUCUCGCACGGGGCAGAAGCGUGGCCAUGGCGUCAGUAAAGGUGGCCGUGCGGGUGCGGCCCAUGAACCAGAGAGAAAAAGGCUUGGAGGCCAAAUUCAUUAUCCAGAUGGAGGGUAAAAAGACUGUAAUAACAAAUUUAAAGACUCCAGAGGGCAGCACUGGAGAUGUGAGCCGAGAGAGGUUAAAGGAGUUUACUUACGAUUACUCCUAUUUUUCUGUUGACAAAAGGAGCCCCCAAUUUGCUUCCCAGGAAAUGGUGUAUAAAGACAUAGGCAUGGAUGUACUGGAUGCUGCUUUUGAAGGAUACAACGCUUGUAUAUUUGCAUAUGGACAGACCGGCUCUGGCAAGUCAUACACAAUGAUGGGAAACCCAGGAGACCUUGGGUUGAUUCCACGUAUAUGUGAAGGGCUGUACAGAGGUGUAAGUCAGCAUAUCUCAAGCGGAGCUUCAUAUCGCACUGAAGUUAGCUACCUGGAAAUCUAUAAUGAGCGAGUGAGGGACCUUUUAAGGAGAAAAUCUUCAAAAAGCUUCAACCUGAGAGUACGAGAACACCCUAAAGAAGGUCCAUAUGUUGAAGAUUUGUCAAAGCACCUUGUGCAGAACUAUAGUGAUGUAGAAGAACUGAUGGAAGCUGGGAACAUAAACAGGACGACAGCUGCCACAGGGAUGAAUGAUGUCAGCAGCCGCUCUCAUGCCAUUUUCACCAUCAAGUUUACACAGGCCAAAUUCGACGCCGAAAUGCCACGGGAAACGGUGAGCAAGAUCCACCUGGUGGACCUGGCUGGGAGCGAGCGUGCUGAUGCCACUGGGGCCACGGGCGUGCGGCUCAAGGAGGGAGGGAACAUCAACAAGUCUCUCGUUACGCUGGGCAAUGUCAUCUCCUCGCUGGCCGACCUCUCCUUGUCCUCAAGUUCUCCUCAGGGAAGAAAGAAACAAGUCUUUGUGCCUUACCGUGACUCUGUGUUAACGUGGCUGUUGAAAGACAGUCUUGGGGGAAACUCCAAGACUAUAAUGAUAGCCACAAUCUCACCAGCCGAUGUCAACUAUGGAGAGACACUGAGCACACUUCGCUAUGCAAACCGAGCCAAGAACAUUAUCAACAAGCCAACUAUCAAUGAAGACUCCAAUGUUAAGCUUAUUCGAGAGCUACGUGCAGAGAUUGUUCGCCUUAAAGCACUCCUCACUCAGGGAAACCAGAAUUCACUACUGGAUUCACCCACAGCACUAAGCAUGGAACAAAAGUUACAUCAAAAUGAAGCUCGUGUUGAAGAACUCACGAAAGAAUGGACAAAUAAGUGGAAUGAAACACAGAAUAUCUUAAGAGAGCAAACUUUGGCCUUGAGAAAGGAGGGCAUUGGAGUUAUUCUAGACUCAGAGUUGCCUCAUCUAAUUGGCAUUGAUGAUGACCUGCUGAGCACAGGGAUCAUACUCUAUCACCUGAAGGAAGGAAGGACAUUUGUUGGGGUAGAUAAUGCGGAAAAUGAGCAAGACAUAAUCUUGCAUGGUCCAGACCUUGAAAGCGAACACUGUGUGUUUGAGCAUUUGAAAGGCGUAGUCACCCUUGUCCCUCGUGACAAUGCCCUUUGCUCGGUGAAUGGAGUACAGAUCCGUCAACCUACACAGCUCAGCCAGGGUGCUGUCAUCCUGUUAGGUCGAACAAAUAUGUUCAGAUUCAAUCAUCCCAAAGAAGCUGCAAAACUCAGAGAGAAAAGGAAGAGUGGAUUACUGUCAACACUCAGCCUCUCAAUGACUGACCUUUCAAAGUCAUGUGAAAACCUUUCAGCAGUCAUGCUCUAUAACCCUGGUCUGGACAAUUUAAGGAGGCCUUUAUUUGUAAGGCUUGAAUUUGAAAGGCAACACAAGGAAGAAAUGGAAAAACUAGAACAUAAAAGGAAAGAAAUAGUGGAAAUGGAACAGAAGCACAAAACUGCAAAGGCAGAGCUGGAGAAAAUGCAGGAGGAGAUGGAGAGCCAGAGGGUGGAAACCCAGAAGGUCCAGCUACAGAUAAAGCGGCAGGAGGAAAGCCUGAAGCGUCGCAGCAUGGACAUUGAGAGCAAGUUCAAGGACUUUUUGGUUGAAAAAGAGCGGUUUGAGGAAGAGAGGCAGAGAGGCAAAGAAGAGAUGGAGUUACAGCGGCAGAAGCAAGAGGAGGAGAUCCGCACAAGGGUGGAAGGUGAGAUGGAGCAGCUGAAGGAACUACAUGAGCAUGAAAAGACAGCCCGGGUGGAGAUCCUGCAGGAACUAGAGAGGCUCAAGAGGGAGAAGGAGCAACAGAGCGCAAAACUUGAAAUAGAGAAGAAGAGAUUGGAAGAGCAAGAGCUGGAACAGCGAGCCCUUGUGGCGAAGCUUGAGAUUGAGUUGCGGGAGAAGCACGAGAUGAUACAACUUCUAAAGAGAGAUGGACACCGCAGGGUGGAAGAGGAGAAGCUAAUUUUGGAGGAAAUCAGGACAGUGCUUCUGGAAGCUAAAGAAAGUAGCGACGGUAACAGCGAAUGUUUGGAAGAUGUUCUCAGCGCCAAGCAGAUGUAUAUGGAUUUAAAAAGUAGGCAAGUGCAGACUUUGCUACUUUUGGAAUCUGAAAUGUGUGGGGAGCGGGAAAUGCUUGACCUUGAGAUUCAGACAGAACGAAAUGUCCUGGUGGAAUUAAAGAAAACAUAUCAAGAUCAUGCAAUUCAUGUCGAGCAAAACGGAUCUGAAACGGCAAUGUUGAUAACGUCUGAAAUUUCUGCGGAAGAAGAGAAAAUUCGACACUUGGAACAGAGGAUUCUUGCAAAGGAGAGGCAACUAGAGUGGUUGACAGGACAGCAGCUUCCUGCCAUAAUUGAGGAGAGGCAGAGGGCCAGUGAAAUCCUGGAGCGGGGGACACCAAGUCUGGACAACACCCUUUACCAGAUUGAGCGGGAGCUGGAGGAGAUUGAUGACAAGCUUCUGCAGCAACGUGCGAGCCGUGACCAGCUGCUACAGCUGCAACAGACCUACGAGUUUACCACCAACGUGGCUCGCCAGGAAGAGAAAGUCCGUGAGAAGGAGAAGCAGAUAUUGCAGUCGAAAGAGAAGCAGCAGCAGGAGGAGCUAGAGCAAGCCGUGACGCGACUCAUGCACAAGCACUCGGCUCUGCAGCGCGUCAAGCAUGAGGAGCGGCGCCGGCUGGAGGAGAACAAGCGGCAGCUGGCGGAACUGUCCGAGGGUCAAGAAGCUGGCCUGUGUGCCAGUCUGGAAGCCCAGGAGAAAGAGCUGCAGCAGGAUGGAGAUCGACUGGAGCAAGAGAUGCAGCGGUUGAAGCUAACCAUCCGGCAAAGAGAUGAUAGCCAUGUGAGAAGUGCCAGCUUUUCUGAGGACAAGUUUUCAUCCCUGAGCAGCCCCCUUAAUGACAACGCCAGCCCCAUCAAGGCGCACUCACCUUCACUUCUUACUUUGGAGCGAGAAAGGCUGAACUCUGUAAUUGAGGAGGAGGUGAGGCGGAGACUGCAGGAGGAGAAGCACAGUACCUCCCUGGCAUCUUCCCCCGAGCCAAGUCAACAGCUUGACUCCUCCUGUUCCACCGAUGGCUCAAAGACAGAUGAAUUGUGCCAAAAUGGUACUUUUUCAAGAACAAUGACGUAUGAGCGAAUAUUGUCUAGACCUCUGGAUAUGGACAUCUCCGCUGUGAAAGAGCCACUAAAAGUUUCAAUUCCGCGUUACGUCCUGCGUGGUCAGGGAAAAGCUGAGCACUUCCAGUUUGAAGUAAAGGUCACGGUGUUGGGGGAAACGUGGUCAGUUUUUCGACGAUAUAGCCGAUUUAGAGAAAUGCACAAGCUCAUGAAAGCUCGAUAUCCCGAGGUGGCAGAAUUGGGAUUCCCUCCGAAGAAGCUGUUUGGGAAUAAAGAUGAGCGAGUAAUAGACCAGAGACGGGCCCAAUUGGAGACUUACUUGCGGAACUUUAUCGCGAUCAUGCUGAGAAUCCCAGAGUCACCCCUGAAUCUGCAGACAGCAGGAGCGACACUGUCCAAGUAUACAGUGUGUGAGGCAGUAUCCUUCUUUAGGAAGGGCGUCUUUGACUCGAGCAGCCAUGGGACAGGAUGACGUUGCUGGGAGGUGUGUUUGUGGCCUCUGAAAAUGUAUAUAUGUUCAAUAUAUUUAAGGUUUUGAAGAAGAAAAAAAGUACUCUUGUCGGCACUUUCAAGCCAUCUCAAACCUAACGGGCUUCCUGUACAGGCCAUAUCAUUGAAGGUCUGAAUUCCUCCGUGCAAUAUUCUUGCGAGCACUUUUUGUAUUCUGUACAAUGUUGACCCCAGGUUACCUUGUAUGCUGUGGUCUUGGUUAACAGUUCUCAGAAUUUUUGUUGUGUUCUGGUUAAUAUGACGUGUGAACGCCUUAAGAAGAAAUAUUGCUUUCUUCUCUGAAUGUGGUUGUGUGUUCCUGCCUGGAUAAACUUGCCAUUUGUCUUGACGUUACAAGUCGUUUUUGUAUAAUACAAUGUAAAUGCUGACCAAAGGGCAAGCAAACUAUUGGUGAUCACUUGAAACUGUAAAUAUACGUCCUUCAUAUAGUUCAAAGAAAACAUUUUAACUCGCAUUUGGAAGUGUUGCUGGUGUGAUGUAUCAGAUAAAAAAAAAAACAUGUCAUGAAUAGCCCCGUAUGAAGUAUAUAUUUGUGAUCUUUAUGUAGGUCGUAACUUACCUUUUUCUUUGCAUAUCACACAUCAAGUUUGAAACACAUGUGAGCUUGCCUGAGAAUUUAAGUGAUACAAAAUGAAAUGGCAUAUUUAUAGGCGACCUAGAUUUGUUAACACGAAUAUUCAUGUAAUUAUUUUACCUGAGAAAGCGGAAGGCAUUUUCAUGCUGGAAAAAGAAACAGUAAUUACUCAGAUAAUCUUAGCAAUUUUAUUUAAAUAAAAUAACCUCAGUUUAUAAGAUCAAUGCUGUAUUUUGUUGAAGUAAUUUCAUGAAAUAUUUACAAUAAAUUUAUAUAAUUUGG